UGCGGCGAUUCCUCUGCUGUCGGGCAACCGCGUCCCCCGAGAAGAGAAGGCUCUAGGAAAUGGCGAUGCGCAUGCCGUCGCCAUCCUUCUCCCUCAUAUAUCCCCACACUGCUACCACCGAAUCCAAUUCCAGUAGCAGUUAUCAGAAGCAUUAAUCCGAACAGUCGAGCAACGCCGAGCUGAUCCCGUUUCUCUGUUUUUGUCUUGUGCUUCUCCCUUCAAUUCUUGUGUCCUGCUACAUGGGAGUUCCGAGGGUGCUCGCGGAUCUCCGGACCCGAAUGGGCAGCAUCGACCCGGAGCGACCUGUCGUCGGGAUCCUCGCGUUUGAGGCCGCGGCCGCUAUGUCGCGUCUCGUCUCCCUCUAUCGCUCCCUUGCUGACGACGAGGUCCGCCGACUCCGCACGGAUAUGCGCUCCCAGGGCGUGGCCUACCUGACCUCCAGGGACCAGCUCUUCCUCCUCCGCCUCGCCUGUGCCGAGCUGGUUGCUGAGCUCGAUAAGGCCGCCUCUGUUGUCUCCCGCCUCGGCGCCAAGUGCUGCGACGCCCUUCUCUCGGGCUUCGACCGGUGCUACGCAGACCUCAAGGCCGGCGGGGUCUACUCUGCCCCUACCGGCGGCCGCGUCGCUGACUUGGAGAGGGUCGGGCUUGGCUCCACCGCGAAGGGGGUCGAGAAGCGGGUCAAGAGGAUGGAGAGGUACGUGGCGACGACCUCCCGGCUGCACGCGGAGAUGGAGGCGUUGAACGAGCUGGAGGCGUCCGAGCGGCGGAUGGAGCAGCAGUGGCGGCGGCACAGCGGCCCGAUCCCGACGCAGAAGCCCGGCGUCCCCUCCGCCGUCCAGCUCGAUCUCCGUUCGCAGCGCCACAAGGUCCGGCGGCUCAAGGAGGAGUCCCUCUGGAACAAGACCUUCGACAAGGUCGUGAAGCUCAUGGUCCGCGCCGUGAUCACCGUUUUCGCCAGGAUCUGCGCCGUCUUCGGCCCCUGCGUCCUAGGCUUGCCUCCGCUACCCAACAGAAACCGUCGGACUCUGUUGCUCCGCGGCGGCAACCCACAUAACCCCAGCAAGCACUCCUCGGGGCCGCUCGACCGGCCGCUGGCGAUGGCCGUCCCCAUCCUGAGGAAUUCAGCUCCCAUAUUCGUGGCCAAGGGAUCGCUCAAAAAGCCGUUCGAGAGUCUGAGCAGCCUGUUGGAAGCAGGCCCGACCACCGUCGGGGGGUCGGGAUUGGCGUUGCGGUACGCCAAAGUAAUCGUCCUAACCGAGAAGCUACUGGCGAUGAGGUCAGUCGACAGCCACGAAGCCGAAGACGAGGAGGAGGAGGCGACGAGGGCGGAGUUGUAUCAGAUGAUGCCGUCGGCGAUGCAGGGUGCGGUAAGGGCCAAGCUGAGGGAGUGCUGGAGGAGGGAGGGCGGGACGGUGGACGGGUCGCUGGCGGAGGGGUGGAACGAGGCGGUCAGGAGGAUCCUGACCUGGCUAGGGCCGGUGGGGCACGACACGCUGCGGUGGCAGGAAGAGCGCCAGAUGGAGCGGCAGCAACGGUUCGACCCCCGGCCGAGGGCGCUGCUAAUGCAGACCCUGCACUUCUCGGACAGGGAGAAGACGGAGGCGGCCAUCGUGGAGGUGCUCGUCGGGCUGAGCUGCAUGUGCUGGUACGAGGAAAGAAGACGCCACUCGCUCAGAUUCUAAGUUGCAGGAAGGCCGAUUCCAGGCACAGACCUCCUCUGGAUUGAAGAAGGUUAAUGGUUUGCUAAUUCGUGGCCGCCAGUGGGGAAUUCGUAAAGACAAUUCUGCUCGACACAGGAGUGUUUGCUAAUUCCUCCGGAGAUCUCUUAUACUAUGUUGGUUUGUGAGUACCAUUCAUUCAUUCAUGCAUCUUCUUCUCCGAUGGAUGGAAUCAUGGCAUCUCUGUUCUUUCUUGGACUGUCAUGGGUUGGUAUGGUCUUUGCAGAUAGCAAACCAGAGACCUUGAUUUCUUUU